CCGGCAGGCCCCGCGCGCCGUACGGCGGUAUGGCGGCGCCCGGCGAGGCGGCGCUGGUGCAGUACGUGGUGCUGCGGGGCGACCUGCGCCGCGCGCCGCUGUCGUGGCCGCUGGGCGCGCUCGUGGCGCAGGGCUGCCACGCCGCGCUGGCCGCCGCGCACGCGCACCGCGACCACCCGGACACGCGCGCCUACCUGGCGGAGGGCGGCGCCAUGCGCAUCGUGGUGCUGGAGGCGGCGGACGAGGCGGUGCUGCGGGCGCUGGCGGAGAGGCUGCGGCGGCUCGGCCUGGACCACGCGCUCUGGACGGAGCAGCCCGAGGCCGCGGCCACGUGCCUGGCGCUGCGGCCCUACCCCCGGCGCGAGGUGCGGCCCCACCUCCGGGCGCUCCCGCUGCUGCGCUGAGCCGCGUCCCGGGCGCGCGGAGCUCCCGCUCCCCGGGCAGGAGGCGCCGCGGGGCGCGCCCGACCCUCUUCCGCACCAUUAAAAAAAAAUAUCCCCCCCGC